AUGGUAAUCGUACAAGUACCCAUUUUCGGGCUUGCUAUCGAAAGAAUAACUCCUAAAGGUUAUCUGGAGCAGUUUAAAAUCACAUGGCUUGUCCAAAGUGGGAGUGAUAUUCAAUACACUGCGAGCUUUGCUGGACAGCAGCUCAAGACCUUUAAAACAAUAAACGAAACUUACGGUUGGGCAUGGGUGCAAUCAGACAAUCACGUGGGUCUAGGUGAACAAAGCAUCAUAGUUUCAGCAUCCAAUAAAGUGACUGUAACUCUGCGUAGCAGAAGCGCAGUUCGCAUAGAGAAACAAGUGGAACCAUUCUCUCCAGUUUUGUAUCAUUCGAACAGAUACAUUGAAGUUAACGAGUCUUUCGUUCUUUUUAUGACACACACCAACGCGGAGAACGGUGCGAAUCCCAUAUACAGUGUCGACCCGGGGGAUGGUAGAAGCCCGAUUACAACAGGAAAUUUGAAAACAAACUUGAGUUAUUCAGCCUAUGGAGAUUUUAUGAUUACCAUAAAUGCGUUCAACAACGUUUCGGUCUACAACACCUCUGUCUCGAUCAAAAUUCAUAAACCCGUUUUGUUGGUAGAAUACCUCACCCUGUACACAGAACCUACAGUAUUCUUGCAGCCCACUAUAAUAACUGCCCACAUAAGAAGGGCUUCCGAUGUUAUUUGCAAUGCUUCAUUCAGCGACAUUCCUAACUAUAGCCAAAUAUAUGACCUUCGUGGAGAAACCUUCUGGGAUCCAGUGAGCGGACAAAACAAUAUUUCGAACAACCCACCUGAGCUGACAUUUACUAUCAAGCGCAAUUUUUCUGCAACUGGCGUUUAUUCUGUGACAGUCACCUGUCAGAAUCGUCUCAGCGAAAAGACAUCAAACAUCGACGCCAUAGUACAGGAACCAGUGACUGGGGCACGCUGGAUCCCAAAUGAACCGUGCAUACUCGGAAACCCAAUUAACAUUACAUUGGAAAUAACAUCGGGAACUAACACCUCGUUUAAAGUAUCAUUUAAGGGUUACAGCUUUAUCCACAAAAACGUCAGACAAAGGGCUUUUCACAUCAUCUAUCAGGAUAUUUAUCGGUCGGUGGGUUUUCAUCAAUUUACAUUAACCGUUUGGAACCGUGUCACCCAGCCGAUUGUUCUCCAUGGUUAUGCGAUCGUGGAGAUUCCCAUCCACGGUCUUGAGGCAUACGUUCUUGGAGGGCCACAUGGUAUUGAGGUAAAUGAAAGUGUGAACAUUGGUAUCAAAUUGAAAAACGGAAGUAAUCCAGAAUUUCUGGUUGAUCUUAUGGAUGGGAGCGAAGCAACUGUCACGAGAAAACAUACUGUUGUGCAUAAGUUCAAUCCUCAUUCUCUGUAUGUAGUGAAUAUCACGGCGAGAAACAAUGUCAGUCAGGAAGACACCCUGCUGAACAUCCACGUCGUUAAGCCGGUCAUUCCACUUCAGAAGGUUUCCAUCAGUUCGUCACCCACUUCUUUAAGCAACACAAGUGAUAUCUUCCUUUACUUGUCGGAAGGUUCUGAUUUCUUUUGCGUCUGGCAGUUCGGGGAUGGGUCCAGCCUGAAUUCCAGCUAUCAGCGACUUAACUACUAUUCUGACGGCAAGACGACAGACAAACGACCUUUUCAAAAUCUGACAUUUAUUGUCCAACACACUUACACAUCUACAGGAAUUUUCCACAUAUCCGUUAAAUGCCAAAACCGCCUGAGCUCAGAAUACGCUUCUGUACCAAUCGUUAUUCAAGCCCUUGUUAAAGGGCUGAACAUCACAAAGGUUCCAGUACAGAUCGUCGGCCGAGAAUUUCCAGUCUAUUGGACCUUAUUAUCAGGAACAAACGCAACAUUUGAAGUCAAUAUUUCUGGAGCAACCAUCAAUUUUCUCCACAUGUCUGAGCUAUGGGGUUUUGUUCGAGUGGUUCUCGCCAAUCCUGGGAAAUAUGUCAUUCGGGUAGGAGCUCGCAACCUGGUAAGUCCAAUUCAAACCAGGUCAGCUGUGAUCCUGGCGGAAGUUCCAGUUGGAAGCCUGACUGUUGACGUCUCCUUUGAGUCACGGGACCUAGAAAUGGACCAAAAUGUCACCUUCACUACCCAAGUCAAAACAGGCACAAAUCUUGUCUAUCUGUUUGACUUUGACGAUGGCAAUAAGGUUAAAAAUUACGUUGGAAAAGUAACGCACAAAUACGGUUACAAUGAUGUUUACGAGUCAAGGCCUAACGUGAGUUAUGAAGUUCUUGCGACGGCUAGUAACAACGUCUCUACUGUCACAGUUUCAGUAAAUGUCAGAGUACAUAAACCAGUCCUCCCACUUCAGAAGGUAAAGCUGUCUGCGUACCCAUCUAAUGUCUCUGAACAAGCGCCGAUUAUUCUUAUGAUCGACCAAGGGUCAGACUUUCAUUGCAUCUGCUACUUUGGAGACGAAAAGAUACCACGAAACUUAAAACUUACGAAGAAGGUAUUUUUAGGAGAAGAUAGGACGCCCACAGAAAACUUUCGAAACCAACGUUAUCCAGUAAGUUAUGCAUACGACAAAGCAUCAAAAUAUCGACUUCUUAUCGAGUGCAGAAACAGACUGAGUUACACGAACGCCACAGAAGAAAUUAUUGUGCAAGACCCAAUCAGAAAUUUAAAGAUCUUUGACAUUCCUGCGAUACGGUUUAACGAAACGUUUGUGAUAUCGUGGGAAAUUGCGAAUGGUACCGAUGCUGAAUUCCAAAUUACCUUUGCAAACUUGACUUUUGUAUUAUUUGGGGAGAAUAGAACGGUUACUGUAUCACCUGAUCACUAUAGAACGGCUGGUGUUUUCAAAGUUGUAGUGGUUGCUCAGAAUCUGGUGUCGUGGACUGCAGCCCAGAAAACUGCAGCCAUUCAAAUUCCCGUCCAAUUUGACAAAGUUAUCGCCAGUUUACCACAACCCGGUGGGUCUUACGCUGGCUUCGGUCUCCGUGGGGACCACUUUCCUGCUUGUCGUUCCAUCAUGUUCGAAGUUCUGGCCAAAGGAACUAACUUAUCAUGCGAAUGGAAAACUGACGAUGUUGACCAACAACUCGGUUCUAAAUGUCUUCUUUCGCUCAAAUUUUACCAGGUUGGGGCACACAAUUUGUCGGUGCUGAUUAAAAAUAUGGUGAGUGAGGAACACGCUAACAUCACAGUGAUUAUUCACUACGCCAUUGAGAAUGCCACAUUACAAAGCAACAGUCCUAAAAAACUCAAGCAGCCAGUCGAAUUUCACCUUAGUGCCGAGCAGCUAGGCACAGAGUCCUGCUUUUCUGUUGAUUUUGGAGACGGAACUCAUUCCUUAUAUGGUCAUCCAGGGUGCAAAGUAACAAGCGCAACAUCAGACCUUAUAGUCAUACCAGCGGUUGAGAGCGUCCAGUUUAAGCAUGUGUAUGAUGAAGUAGGAGAGUACGUGGUUACGUUAAACGCCUCAAAUGCAGUGUCUUUUGUAAAGCUUCAGACAGAUGUGGAGGUUGUGUAUGCUCCUUGUGCAAGCCCAAAAACAGGGAUAGAAAAUCUCGGUGCCGGCUCUAACACGGCUGCAAGGUCAUUCCGCUAUGACCCCUUCACUGUGCACACUACGGUACAGCUUGACUGCGAGAGAACAAGCAAGGUGGAAUUUAAUUGGCAAUUAAUCUCACACGACCAAAACGGGGUUCGAAGCAUCCAUGGGGCCAACAUAAUUAGAACUGAAAGAGAACUCAACAUACCUAGAAAAGGACUAAGGUAUGGUUUAUAUGAAGUGCACUUUACUGCAUGGAUGGCGCUGCCUGAUACUGACAAGUACCGCAGUACAGAUAUUGGCUUCCUAAAGAUUGUUCCUUCGCCACUAGUAGCAAAAAUUGACGGCGGUAAUUUGAUCACCAGGGGAUUUGGUAAGGAAAUCAUGAUCGAAGGGACUCAGUCGAACGACCCGGAUAUGGAAACCGGACAAGAUUCUGGUGAGUAUGCGUCGCCGUCGCCGUCGCCGUCGCCGUCUCCUUCUCCUUUUCUUUGUUUUUAGGUAAAAAUUGUGGUACCGAUAUAAAAUCGAACCAACAAACCUAAUUAUACUCUGCCGGCUCAGGGUAGAAUAAUUGCUAGUACUGUUCUGUAGGCAAGGCCAAAUUGGUUUCUUGACCUGGCCUCGUUAGGGAGUAGGGAUAAAAAAGAUACCAAAAUCCAUUUGACAACGAUACAAUAACGAUGGAGAAAAGUACCACUUAUACUUGAUUUUGAGUCUUUGAGCGCUGAAAACUCGAAAGGAAGAACAGUAUCUUCACUUAGUUUGGUGUCUGAAACUUUGAAGAAAGACGUUUUAAGUGUCUUAAUGCUGAGAAUGCUGCUGAAUGCAUUUGUAAAACAGUUAAGUGUUUGCAAACAAACUUGGCUGAUUAGGAAAUCGAACCUCUUUCUACUUCCCAGGUCAUUUCCUUAUUUCAUUGUUAAUGAACCCAUGAAAUAAAGCGAUAAGCAAGGUUUGACUACGGUGGAGCCGCUCCUUGAAAUGGGCCAACCUUCUCUUUUUCAGGUUUACAUUACACUUGGUUAUGCAGAAGUAUUCACACUCAAUUCCCCACAAUAGUUUAUCCAAACAUGACCCUGCGAUGCCCGUACGACACAACGAAACUAGCAGCAGCUAGCAGUGCACACUCCAGAGGCUGCUAUGGUGACGGACAGUUUAUCUUUAGUGGUAACAGCGGUACACUAAGUCUUGACACUGCCAAAAUGAUAGAGAAUGAGACUUACGUAGUAUUUUUAAUCGUACAAAAAGGAGGAAGGACAGCGCAACAGUAUCAAGUCAUAGAAGUUGUGCCAGGUGAUCCACCAGUGACAAAAAUUGAGUAAGUGCUUUUAGCGUCCUUCUUCGAUUAAUGCGUUUUUUUUUUUGCGGUAACCCGUUUCAAAAUAUUCGGCUUGAAAAAAGAGAAAAUACUCAGUUAAACUUGACUCAAGUAAGGUUGCUUUGGGCAUUGGCAAGCAAAUCAUUGCAGUGAGUUCCGUAUGCACAAAUGUCAAAUGCCCAAUUGCCAAGCAAUAUAACUGAAUUAAGUACAUACGAUACUACAGGUGUUUAUUUUAUUUAAGGGAUGGAAUCCAGGGCGGCAGCGACAGACGGGCAGUCUUUGCAAACGCACUACCUUGAUCAGCUCAAUGACCCAAGUCAGCAGUUACGCAAAACUUAUGUUCAUAAGACGUGGCUGCCCGGAUUGUUGUUGCAAUAGCCUUUUUUACAAAAUCUUAUCAUCCAUUUAUAUCAAACAGAUGUAAACAAAAUUGCGCAGAUAAAGUCAAUCCGUCACAGAGGCUCGCCCUUUUCGCCACCUGCUUUGAGGGAUGCAUUGGGCGACUGAUCUACGAAUGGCAAAUUUACAAAAACGUCAGUAAUGAUUCCGCUGCAUCCUGGGAGCUUGUGCAAGACAUCAGACAAAGCGAAGUAAAGGAUCCUAGUGGUCCCGUAUUCACGGUCCCCAAGGAUGUGCUUGAAGGAGGUACCGGGUACCGUAUUCGUCUCUACAGUCGGAGAGAGAAAGGUGUAAGAGGGAAGACUGAAAGUAUGCUACUGACGAAUGAGGUACCUCGAGCAGGGGCCUGUUUUGCUUUCCCCCUGAAGGGAAAUGCACUUAUGACUAAAUUCCAUAUUUGGUGCGAUGGCUGGACGGAUGCAGACAUGCCUUUGAGCUACAAGUUUUUCUAUAAAAACGAAGGAAGGCUGGUGCUGUUUUACUACGGACUUCACAACUUCACACGCGCAGAACUGCCACUUGGAGACCCAGCUAAUAAUUAUACCAUUGAAAUUGAGGUGAAAGUGUUGGAUUUCUACAAAGGCGAAGCCAACUAUUCUUUAUCUUUGCAGGUAAGAUGUUUGUUUCAUCAGACUUCAAGGAAUAUGUAUCUAAAUGAUUCAUAAGUUUGAAAUUCUCAAGCGCUCAUGUUAUUGUCUUAAUGAUGUAGUCGGUAGAGCCAGACAUGAAAGAAGAUGAACUUGGUGAUAAGCUGGCUGACAUGACAUCAGGCGAAAACAGCGACUUAGGAAAAUUGGUGAGCGUGGGAGACACACAGGCAGCCCUGAGACUCGCUGGUGCUGUCAACUCAUUGCUUAAUGCCCAGAGCACAAAAUCUCCAUCUAAUGAUACUAAGGAUAUUAGUGCGAGGAAAAAGAAAAGGAAAGCGGUGCGAACAGCAAUUGUUAAAGCGGCGACAUCACUUCCGGUGAACAGCCUGGAUGGAUUACAACAGUCUGCCAAUAUGAUCGCGAGUGCGUCGAAGUUUAAAGAUGAAACUUCGACUGCGAGCAUGGUAAGAUAGCUUAGCUUCAGCAGUACUGGGCAAUUUUGGCUUCCCGAAAUGUUAAUGAUUUUAUUUAUCCACAGAAAAAAUCUCGCCGUAGUUAUCUCAUGGUUACAAGGAAAGGCCUUCUUAAUGGACAUAUUCAGAAAGCAUAGGGCGAGUAAAGUAAAAGAAGAGAAUAUCAGCCUCUUAGCUCGCAGACAGUGAUUUGCCUUUAGUCUUCUUGUUUAGGCCUCGUCACUUAAUCGUUUGAUUAGUACUAAAUUGGAGCAGAAAAUACAACCUACCACGAUAUUUAGUGGGGCAAAUUUAUGUCCACCCUAAUCCUCCUAUCCAACGCACAAGAAAACCUCAACAAAAUUCUUAAGAAAGCUGUUUCAUAUAUUUUACUUAAUUUUUAUUAACAUGAACAAAACUAAUGAAAGGGAUACUCACAGAAGAAACUUUCUUGUUAGAACGCAUCAACGGCGGCCUUUGAGAGAAUGUCACAGGUAUUAAAAGCCAGUUCUGACGAUUUAGCGGGCUUUGAUGCAGUGGUCAGCGGUGCCGAGGCCCUGUUGUCAGGAAUGGGAUACGUUCUUAAUGCCGCUGGGAGCUCUGUGGUGGUGAAGCCCCCCAAAAGGAAUGCCACGGCAGCACCUCCUACCUGUGCACCCUAUGAUUUUACUUGCACGGAACCUAAACAAGAGGCAAACGGAAAUUCUACGGAUGAAGAAGAAACUGUAGAACUUGAUGAGGAAUCUUCAAAGGUUUGCUGCGAAUUCGUUCUAGACCUUUUUAGUUUGUAUGUUUUGUUCUCCCAUUGCAGAUCACGUGAUGGUACCUCAGAGAACUGUUUCUUUCAGAUGUCGUCCUAUCCACGUGCAUUUAACAAAUAAGUCCAAUUAACAAAUAAACAACAAUUUAUAAUAGCCUAUGCUAGUACAGCCUCACGACGUCAAAAUGUUCAAAACGCCACAAAGCGGAGGAAACACAAGUCUCCAAUGGCUUCACUGAAAAGUUUUGAACUUUUGAUUUUAUUGCUAUAGUCUAUAGUAGUCUAUAGUAUAGACUAGGGAAGUUAGAUUUUAAAAGUCCAUUUUCAGCGAACAUGGAAAACCAGAUGUGAGAGACAGAGGAAGCACCAUCAUUUUGUCAUAGUUCUAUGGUCUGUGCUCUCACAAACCGUAGCUCUCGACCAAAGAGCGCGCAAGUAAUAGUUUAGUUAUUGUAAAACACGGUGUCACUUAUUUGUAGUCAAAAAGGCUUCCAAGUAAUGGUCUCCUGAAAUAUAUCAUUUAUUUAUGAAUACCCUACAGAGCCGAGACGCAGCUAACAACAUCUUGAACAUGCUCGGGAGUGUUGGCGGUUCGGUUCUGGAAAAUAAACUUCCGGGGGAACAGUCCAGUGUUAUCUCCACUGCAAAGCUAAACAUAGCAGUGGAACGUUCUGAACCAGAUUCUUUGGGAGGCUCCGCCAUAGGCGACGGGCUAGCCGGGUUUCAGAUACCUUCUACUGGGAAACUGUUCUCGAGUAACGUUGAUGGCACAGUCGACAAAGAGGUACGUGUAAAAUUAGAUGGUGUGAAUAAAAAUUCGAAUUUUUAAUACAGAGCACCAUAGAAUUUAACUCAUGGGAGAAGAACGAAUGGAACACACUAUAUUCAUUUAAAGAAACGAUGAGUUAAAACAAGAGAGGGAAAUGAAGGGGGUUUUGACGGUGACCAUCGUAUUAUUAGAGAGAUUUGACGUCUUUUAUUUACAAAAAAUACCUUUUUGAUUUUUAUCCAACUGAUUUGGUAAAUACUAAAACAACUAUACCCCGUCAGGGUCGAUGAAUAGCGCUAGAUAUAUAUCGAGACACUUCGCGAAGCGUCUCGAUAUAUAUAUCUCACCACUAUUCACCUCCCCUUCGGGCGCGCCUAAAUUCCUCCUUCCCCUUCUAACGCCUGCCACGCAGGCUAGAGAUAGUUGUGUAAUAGAAAAGGUCUAAAGCGGAGGUCCUGGUCUGCCCGAAUACACGAGUGAAAUAAACCUAUUGUGCCUCGAGUGUGUUGUUAGCUUAUGUCUCCAUUUCCCCAUCAGAUGGCAGCCAUGAAUGAAAAUCCCUACACAUGGGGCAAAAAGUCUUCAGACAUUUCCGGAAAAGUUGUGAGUCUUUCGUUCAAAAGCAAAGGUAAAAAGCUCAAAGUCUCUAAUCUGAAUGAAGAUGAUCCAAUAGACAUUUUCAUCCCAAGAGAUACUACUGUUGAACCGCCAAAAUCAUUCGUUUACAACAGCUCUUUACACCACGGAUGGCGUGUUCAUAAACUGGUGAUUGAAAAAAAUGGCACCGCGGUGAACGUUGAGGUUGGGUUAGUUGGUUCUGACCAACAAUUUGAGGUGUACGUCAGCCGAGCGAAAAUUCCUACCAUUACAAAGUUUGACUUUUGGAAGGCGUCUCCCAACAAAACGCAUCACGAACCAUGCAAUCUGUUUCGUCAUGAUGAUUCCCCAAACACCACGGAGGAAAGAACGAACACUUCGCAAGAGAGAGUAAAAUCAUCUGGAGAGUACACUAACUUGACGAAAACGUUAAACAGCUCGAACAUUCUGGGGCACCAGGACAAAAGAGAAAGAACCGACUUGAAGAUUCAAGAUAGCGAAGUAUCGCUGUUUCUUCCUCAAAAAGACCUGUAUGUUGGAACUUACUACAUAGGAAUUAAGUUUACAGAAACGCUCCAGGGUCGUGGCUGUUACCACGGAGAUUACAACAUCACCUACACGCUGCGGACGUUUAAAUCAAGAUGCUUAUACUGGAACGAGGAGCUUCAAAAGUGGAAGAGUGAUGGUUGUCAGGUAAGAAAUAAAUCAGUUGAACAUGGGCCAUGAUUUUAUCGAUUUCCCAGUAAAUAAUUUUUUUCAAAAACAUAACGCAAUGACCUUACACGUGUUAGCGAUACGUGUACGGGCCCCUCAAUGGUGGUAUGUGUGGUAUGAGGAGCCAAGAAAUUUACAACCUCAGUGCGUCUUGUGGUUACCGGAGUCAGAAGUUAACUUUAUUUUAAUUAAGGUAACAACUUUGGAAAGUCACUCCUCACUUCACAUAUCGAUGUAGGGAAAGUUGGAUAGCCUUACUAUACAACCUGUACAAUCUUGUCAUCUUGAAAACCCCGCUGUUUAGUUUGGUAUAUUUUGCCUAGGGAGAACGCAGAAGUACCUUAAGCCGUUCGUCACCGUCAAAUGCUUUAUUUAUUUCAAACAAGAAAGAGAUGAAGAAGGCAUUUUAAAAUGUUAAGGCCUGUUUCAAAUGUUUUGCAGAAUUCAUUUCACCAUAAUUGGCAUGAAGUAUCAUGUAUCCGCAAUAAGCUCUCAUAUAGUUUUCUUUUGGCUUACCACAACUGAAUCUAGUUCGACACUACGACGACAACAUGUACAAGACGUUUGAAUCGGGCCUACUAACUACCGUUAACACGGCUUAAACACGGCUUUUAACCUUCUUCAAAAUACAGAAUCUUAAUAUCUUUAUCUAAAUACAGGUUGGUAAUUUGACAAGCAUUACUCAAACUCACUGCCGUUGUACACAUCUGACUGCAUUUGGUUCAAUGAUGGAUGUGGCGCCAAACCCGAUCGACUUCAGCGCUGUAAUGGAUGGUUUUAGUUCAAUGUUUGAAACUGGAAAUGUUACAGUCUUCUUUUUUAUUCUUGUCAUAUUUCUUACUUAUGUUUUGGUCUUGGUCUGGGCUAGAAGAGCUGACAAAAAAGACUUGCAGCAGGUAACGCAUUUUCUUAUUUAAACAUUUAACGCAACUGUGGGUGACGCUCGGCAGAAUUUGAGAUUUAAGAGGUCAAUUUUUACUACCAGGUUAACUCUCCCCACCGCUCAGUUAUUGCUUAGUCAAGCAGCGGAUCUAUAGGAGGGCUCUAUCUCCCGUUUUUGUAGAAUCUGCCCCGUUCGGUACAAGUCGCGAUCGGCCAAAAAGACAAAGUCGACUCAAUAAUUCUCCAAUCAAGAAACUUUUAAACCAUUGAUGUCGGAGUGGGGAUUACUGAAAGCCACUAAUUAAGUGUCUCUAGGCUUUAAUAUUCCUUAAUCAUGCAAAACCAAUGGAUUAAUUUUGAUUCCACCACCCUCCCCCUCUUGUCCAAUUGAAAACUCAUACAGUCAGCCCUGAUCCCUAAGAAGUCAGCUUUAGAAGGACCAUAUAAACAGCCGCUAAAAAGCCCCUUCCCAAGUUAUAACCCUAUCUAUGUAGUAAUAAAAAAUUUAAAAAAAAUCCGUUUAUAAGCCCCUCCUAAUUUUGUUUUAAAUGUAUUGAAAUAAAUUCGAUUUAUGAAGUUUUAAGGCUUAAAUGCAACGCGUAUUUUGAUCAGCACUGCUAAUUGGCUUGUUUAUUUAUCAUUACUCCUCCUCCGUACUGUAAAGGUCGAAUCGUCUUCUUUACUUUUCCGCCCUCUCCUUAGAUUGGGGUCACUCCUAUAGCCUCAAACGUACCUUAUGCAACUUACCACUAUGAGCUUACGUUUUUCACUGGUCAGCGGAGAGGGGCUGGUACAACAGCUCAAGUGUCGUGUCUAUUGGUUGGUGAACGCGACGACAGCGGAAUCUGCAUCUUAAAAGAUGACAAACGCCCGACAUUUAAACAAGGCAGCGCUAAUGCUUUUUUAAUCUCCGUUGCUGAUUCUUUGGGUUCACUUGCUUCGCUCAGGGUUUGGCAUGAUAACCACGGAUUGGCACCUGCUUGGUUCCUGAAGCGUGUUUUAGUGCGGAAUCUACAGACAGACGCCGUCACCGUGUUUAUUUGUGAGCGAUGGUUCGCACUAGAAGAAGAUGACGGUGCUAUCAUGCGCGAGUUAACCCCUGCGUCUGAAAAAGACCUUACAACGUUUUCAAGAGUCUUUAACAGUAAAUUGUACAAAGACUUCACAGAUGCUCACCUGUGGUUCUCAGUGCUGCUAAAGCCAUCGCGGAGUAGUUUCAAUCGAUCUCAACGCGCCUCUUGUUGUCUCUGUCUCCUGUGCACGGCCAUGGUAGCAAGUUGCAUGUUUUAUGGGCAAAACACAACCUCGGACGAGUCGGCGAACCUGUUGCUGGGGCCAAUCGAAAUUAACUUACGUUCAAUCAUGAUCAGCAUUCAGUGCAGCCUCGUUAUUAUUCCUGUAAACGCUGUUGUGGUGGCCAUGUUUAAGAGCAUCAAACCUAAAAAGGUAAAAGAGACAAAACAAGACAGUGAAGAAGAAAAGCCAGAGGAGUCCCUUUCAGCAGACAAAGAGGAAUUUUCUACAAUUGAUAUUAACCCUAGAUAUGAAGAAAACUCUCUGAAAGAGAAAGAAGUUCCUCUGGAUUGUGUCAAGUGUGACAUAAAUGAAUUAUGCGGCUCAAAAAAUGACGAACUGGUCAUGGAAAAACAACCAAAAGGAAUUUUUGGUGGCAAAUUUUUGUUGUUCGGAAGCAGAAAACAAGAUUACGUUUUGCAACCGACAAGCGUCGACUCAAAGGAGUAAGUAUCGUUUACAUAUUUGGUAGUAACCUAAACCUACCGAUAUUGUAAAAACAGAAGAGAGUGAUAGGGUGGAACCGGUAAAUACGGCCAUCCCUAGACCCUAAAAAUCAGGUCGUAUGAACUGGGUAGCAUCAAUAUAAAAACUUAGCCUUUCUGAACUGUGAUUGCUUGGCUCAUCACUCAGCCAGUCUCACCAGGAAUUCGACUGGUCGUAUUAAUGGGAUACACUUGUGAGGAUUAUAACGACUUGGGAGUCCAAAACUGUUGAUGGCCGACGAUCGUAGUGGUGGGGAGGUCAUAUUAUAUUCUGCGUAGCUUGAGAAAACAGCCGACAUUUCACGACACCACCAGUGGUUCUCCCACGAACUGACGUCUGAGAAACGAGCACAGAAAUUCUAUACUGAUGACGCGUCACUUCCCAGAUCUGGGUAGUGCUUCUAAUUGGUUGAAGCAAAUGUUUCACUCGGCACGUCCAAUCAGAAGGACGCGACAUCAGUAUGGAAAUUCUGCGCUUGUUUCUCAGACGUCAUUCCGUUAGGAAACCAGGGCUGGCGUUGCGAAAUGUCGGCUGUUUUCUCAGAUUAUACCGUGCGUAGCAGGCGCAAAAAGCGGAGGGGGAGGGGAGAGAAAAAGCGAAAGGGAAAAGAAGGAGGGAGCGCUUACAAAACAUCAGGUAAUUGGAGUGUAUUAAUUAAAGAAUACCGAAACAUGAGCUUGGAGGUGAGAACGGGUUAUUAUUCUUUCGUAGCUGUGAAAAGGUACAGGAGACCUCAGAAGUCUCUUCGGAGGAGAAGGAGAAGACGAAAUACUGGUUUUGGGGAAAAGGAAAGAACGACGAGAGCGACAAAGAAAAGAAGAAAGAGAAGAAAGGACAAGGAUUCCUACCACAUUGGUGUUUGUACAUAGCUUGGUUUCUAUGCAUCUCUGCGUCCAUUACAUCAGCUCUUUUCACGUUGUUUUAUAGCAUGCAGUGGGGAAGAGACAAGUCCAAUCAGUGGUUUGUGUCCAUGGUACUGACCUUUAGUCAGGACACACUUAUAAACCAGCCUGCUAAAGUUCUCUUACUUUCUACUGCUUACGCGAUUUUCAUAAAGAAAAGUGACGAGGAGAGUGAUCUUGAACAGAGUAACGAAGAUCCAAGAAAAGGUAAGAAUAGCUCUUCCAGCAUGGUGUGACUCAGGUGUUUUUCUUUUCCAGGCCCAUGUAUUCAAUAGAUGGAUAGUGCUAUCAACCGGAUAAACCGCUAUCCAGUGGAUAAGUAUUAGGGAAACCAGUUGCGUUAUCCAUUGGAUAGUGAUUUAGCCACCUUUUGAGUAACUGGCGCCAGACGAUUCUGAUCGAUAAAAUGCUUUAAGUGCUAAAAGAGGGUAACCUAAUUCAACCACACAAAAUGCACAUUCCUUUCAAAUUUUCCAUCCGACGAAAGAAACGACAUCUUGUACUUUUUGCCAGUAUAGGCACAAUACACAGUCCAUCAUAUCAUCUGAAAUCAAACUAUUCACAGGCAACUUUUUUGCCGAAAAACAGUGAAAUGAAGACGGGAAUUUUACACCGAUCGAGGUUAGCAUGUGCAAAAUAUUUUGAAAGUAAUAAAACAAUUACUGGAUAAGGAAUCAUUAUGGCAUGAAGAAUUAAGCGAUAGAGGAGGAUUUCGGAUGACUUCCUCCUCGAUUUUCAUAAUUCGUCAUAUCAUACUCAGCCUCGUCAAAUAACUGCUCAGUGUCUCUAAACGUGAUGGAGAACGGGGGAGUUUCAAGCCUCAAUUUUCGUGGCAAACAUUACAAAGCAAUUGGGUUCAAUGAACAUGGAAGUUUAUUUUAAAGUCAUCCAAUCAACUUGCAGUUCGUGUUUUACGGCGUCUCAAGCGCUGUCUUUUUAACUUGAUAGAACACUCGUGCUUGUUUAUUGGAUUUUUUUUUCAAACGCAGGUGUAGACGAAGAGUGGAUUCACUCAUCUCAAGAAAAUGGAAUAGGGGAUCAGGAUGCCAGAGAAAUAGAACUUCUUCGCUAUCGACCACCUGACGAGGGCACAUUAAGUGCUUUGCGUGAAACUCAAGUUAGACAAAAGGAAAUUAAGAGGAAGUUUAUCAAUCUUGGAGAUUAUCUUUUUAUCCUGCUUGUCCUGGUAUUAGUCAGCUAUGGUAAUAGAGAUCCAGCAUCCUUCACAAUGAGAAAUUCUCUGGAGCAGGAGUUUAUGCAUCCUCUUACCGCCUCCUUUCCCCAGGGUCUUGACGAUGUAAGUUAGGCUAGGUUUAUACGGGAGGAUAUUUUUCUGGAUUCAUAAACGUUUUCAGGUUUAAUAUAUUUAGGGUGCUCGGAUUCAAAGACGUUUUCUCACAUCAGAAGAUUCAUUGCGACACAGAAGUAUUCCGCAUGCAGCAUCUCCGCAUAGGCGACCACAAUGGGACGUUUUUAUUUCGGAUUCAGUCAUCUGCGCGUAAACGGCAAACCAAACUGGUGUAAAAUGUUCCAGAUUCGUAACGAUUCCGAAAAAAAGUCUCCUCUAGUGUUAACAUAGCCUUAGACAGUUAUUCGUACAUUGUGUGUUAACACUUGCCUAGAAAAAAAAACACACAACAAUAACGAAAAACACAUAUGCUGCCGGAUACGCAAGGAAUGUAUGGAGUCGCUAAAGUUUCUUAUCUCCCCAGCCAAAAGGCACACUGUUCGAUAUCUGUUGACAAACAGUGUAAAACGCCCUGAUGAAUUUCGACGAUGAGUUGAACGAGGAAAAGGUGGACUCCUUUGUGUUCGAGUUGCAACUUUUUGAGCAAGUUGCAUGUUGUUUAACUAGUUGCAGUUUUCUAACCGACGACAGUCAGUCUCAAUUGAAAAAUGCUGAUGUUUUUGUUCUACUUAUUCAAACAAGCUGCAAUAUGGCUCGCCGCUUGUCUAACAACAUACACUGAACGGUGAAUCCUUCUUUCAAUUGGACUUUUCUGGCGUUUAAUCUCUACUUUGUAUUUAAGGUGCUCCAAUCACUCACUCACUCACUCACUCGCUCAACCAAUCAUAGUUUUGACGAAUUAAAUCAAGCAGGCGAAUCAAAAGUCAACAAACUAGACUACUAUGUAUGACGAAUGAAUAAUAUGGUCUUUGUUCUUAGGUCAAUAAUCUACCACUAUUUUUGCAAUGGGCACAGCACUCAUUAAUUCCCUUCCUUUACGAAGAGGAUUGGUACAACGGAGAAAAAGUGACAAACAGGACUGGCUUUUCUUCCGGCAGAGCGUCCAUGCGACUUGGCAAGAUACGACUUCGACAGGUUCGGGUUAAAAACGGUAAGUGCUCACCUACAGAGAGGCCUACUUGGAUACCAUGUCAAUACGUCACUUCCCGACCUGGGUCGGUCCGCAUUCGCGGUCGGUCGCCUUCAGCCUCGGCUCUACUCGACCCCUCGAGCAGAGUAUUUUUAUGCGGACUUCCCCGCCAAUUAACAACAUAUACUUGAUACACCUUCCCCGUAUUAGAACCGUAACAGACUCCAAACCUCGCCGAACUUAAGUCUGGUUGUGUACAUGAGACUUUCCAAGUUUCAAAUAGGUCUCAGUAUUUGUCGUCUCCAGUAGAAAAAUUAAUUAGGUAGAUAGGAGUCGUUACCCAGUUCCAGUAAAAUUAUGACAGGUUUUCACCUUCUGUUCUUAGUUCAGCUCUUUUGAAAGCAUACUAUUAGAUGUUGAGAACUAAAGGGACGUUUUGUAUCUUAACACAGGUAGCUGUUCUGUGCCCAAAAUUAUAAGAGAAGCAAAUCUGAUCCAAGAAUGCAAUCCCUCAUAUGACGUAUCACAGAACGAAGAACGAAAGUACAGUCCCGCAUGGAAAGGUGGUAUUGCAGUGGACGAGGACACCCCAAAGGUAAACAAAAGGAAUGGAAAGGGAUUGCUGUCUCCGUGGGUUUACAUGGACGCAGCGGAAUCGAAUUCAUCACUAACUUAUAACGGUAAAAUUUCCUUUUUCCCGAGUGGGGGAUAUGUGGCCGAAUUUGGUGGUACGGCUGAGGAAACCAAGGCGUUCCUUACUUAUUUGAACUCUCAUCACUGGAUGGAUAAAUACACCAGAGCUAUCUUUAUUGAGGGAACAGUAUAUAACCCAAACGUAAAUCUAAUAGGAGUAAUGGAGACUGUCAUUGAGUUUACUUCCGCUAAUAUUUUGUUACCACGAGUAAACUUCAUGAUAUUCCGGUUGUACGCUGACCUUAAUUCUUCAUAUGCAUUUUAUUCGGCUUGCGAAUUCUUGUUCUUUGGAAUUCUUCUCUACACUUGCUAUACCAUCAUAAAAGGCAUCUACCAGCGAAGAAAAGAAUAUUUCCGCAACGCUAUCAGCUGGUUGGAUAUGAUUUUCUUCUGCAAUGGCAUUGCUAUAGUUGUAGUCUACAUAUUACGGGAAGCCCGUCUAAAAAGCGCCAUUGGUGUCCUUAAAAAAGAUCAAGAAUCGUUCCUAAACUUUUCGGAGUGUGCAUUGUGUAGUGAAGAACUCGUGUUUCUAUUCGCGUUUGCCGCUUUCAUUGCCAUAUUGAAAUUUAUCAACUUUUUAAGCUUCACCCGAUGCGUUCAGUUGUUAUCGACCACAAUUUUCAGAUCGAUUGUUGAGCUGCAAUCCUUCGCUGUUAUGUUGCUGGCUAUUUAUAUGGCAUACGCGUCAAUGGCAUUCACCAUUUAUGCCCCGUAUUUGGAAGAGUACAAAUCCGUUCCGUCCACGCUUGGUGCUUUAACUUGUGUUGUAAUGGGGGUGUUCGAUUACACAGACUUUACGUCGAUAACUGAUUACAAAAUCGUGGGCUACUUCUUUUUUGCGUCUUUUUCUACGAGCAUGAUUUUCAUCUUCACAAAUAUCGUUAUAACUAUUAUCAACAUUGUACACAAAGACGUGUGCGAGGACGAAGAACUUAAGCAGGAGGAAGGAAACUUCUUCAAUGCCAUACUUGACCGUCUUGUAAUUUUAAUGGGAUUUCGAGGUCCCCCAAAACGAGAAGAGCCAAUAAUUCAGGAACCGCCCAUCGCAGAACUCCAAUGGAAAUUGAACGUACAAUAUAUAACAGAAAAUCAGUUAAAAAGGCUUGACGGGCUAAUUAAUUCCCUCUAUACUCACGAUGCAAUGCAAGAUGUACUAAUAACAAAUUAUCUUUAUCGUAAGCGAGAAAAAGAAACCCAGUCUGCACCAAUUAUGACUGACGGUGAUCGCGACAGUGGUGUUGUUGAACAGGCCCUUGAAUGUCAGGAAAGGCUUCAAGCUAAAGUCGACGUUAACGUGAACCAAAAAUUACCAGCAAAGACCAAAUCCACCCACCCAGAAACUGCAUUAACUUCACCAAAUAAUUCGACUGAGGCUAUUACUCAGUUAAUUGCCAAGAAAAGAGAAGAACUGACACUAUUGCAAGAAGAAGGAAAUUCCAAUGAAAGGGAGAUACUGCUGCGUGUUAAAGUUAUCAAAUGCCUCCAGGAAUUGCUGGAAAAAGCCUCCGACAAUAAUGAGCCGGCAAGACUGCAUACCUAUAGUGACGAGCAGUUACUAGUCUAG